AUGUCGGACAAAGAAGAUCCGGCUGGGUCCCUCGGUCCGGCUCUGUCGGUUUGCCUCCGCGAAUUUCUGCGGAUCCCGCCCCCGCCCAGUCCAAAAGCAAGCGUGGAGUGGCGCCGGGCCCUUCUCUCCCGCAGCCUGUCCAACUGGAAAGAUCUGCUUUUCUGUCAGGGUCCUCAUCCACUGGCUGCAAUGACUAGCCUCCCAACCACGCCUUCCCCAGGAGCUUUGCCAGGGGAGGAACUGAUGACCACCCCAAUGCUCCAGGCCACUGAGGCCCUGUCCCCAGAAGCUGAAGCCAGCACAGCACUCAUUGCAGUUGUCAUCACUGUGGUCUUCCUCACACUGCUCUCAGUCGUGAUCUUCAUCUUCUUUUACCUGUACAAGAACAAAGGCACCUACGUCACCUAUGAACCUGCAGAAGGCGAGCCCAGCACCAUCCUCCAGAUGGAGAGUGACUCAGCCAAGGGUAAGGAGAAGGAGGAAUAUUUCAUCUAAUGACUUCUGGGCCCCAAGCUUACACCAGGCUCCAGCACCAACCAUGGACUGUUUAUUAGAUGGAAGUUUCAUCUGAAGCCAGAGCAGCAUUGAUGGAUAUGGGCAAAUCUGAGCUCCCUCCAGGACAUAGGCCCAAACAUCAACAUCACUGACACCAGGGAUGUGGAGAAAGCAACUUUAAGAUGUCUUCAGCCCGGAUUUCAUAAUACAGCUGGUAUUUAUGACUGGCCAACAGGUGGGGCUAUACUAGGAAACAUCUGAGUAUGUGCCCAGUCUUCACUUUGUUCACACGUUGAAGGGAGGGAGAAGACAGGGUUGCUGGCUGCUCCAGUUUGUUCCCUACACAGUCACCUAGUGAUAGCCCCAGCAGAGAUACUGUGCAUAGUUCUUCCCAGAGGCUGGAUACCACGGUGAAAGACCAGGUCAGCUGGGGUAGGAGACCAUGGAGACCUUACCUCCUGAUGAACGUGCUACAUACUCUAAUCUGAGCCCUUCCCAUAUUCCCCAACAACCUCGUAACUUGUACUAUUUUUAUCAGAAUUAAACUUUUUAAUAUAGAAAUCAGAUUAUCAUAUACAUGAAAUAACUUCCUUUACAUUUCAACUUAUGUUGCUGCAACUCUUUUGACAUAAUUUUCUUUUGCUUAUUUAACUCCUUUGAGGAUAUACCCUCUGCAGCAGUAAAGAACCCUAGAGAAGUUUCAGAAGUUCCCAGAACUAUCUCAGGGAUUUGGGACAAAGAUGGUUCCGGGAAACAUACCUUGGGAGAUGAGUUAGCUUAGAACCAGGAUUUCCUAGACCUAUUCUAUGUAUAGACUGAAGGAGCCAGGAAAAAUCUACCACCUUUUCCCAUCAGUGUCCUCGGAAUAAAGUCCAGAGAAGCUUCUUGGAUCUUAGUCUCAAAAUGAGGUGUGUUUAAAUGGUGCGAUGUUUUGGUAUAAAGCAUUAGCUCCUUAGAUAUUGUUUACUUUGGAAUUAAGCUAAAUUUCCUUUGAGGUCUUAAUGUAUUGCUUCUGUUGUCCAAGGAGUUCAGGAGUCAGUCUCGGCAGCCUAGAUUACAAGAGUAUUUCUAAGUUUAGGUUCUGAAUCCCCUGGCAUAAGAGGCUUUUAAGAAAAUGAAAGAGCUUCGGAAGUAAAGUGAAGAACAGUUGAACAUGCAGACUCGAACUCAUGAAGAUGGUCAAAUCUUAGCCUUCUACUACUGCA